CGGGCCGCCCGGGCCGGGGCGGGGCCGCGAGCGGCAUGGAGGAGGCGGAGGCCGCGGAGCGCUGGGCCGAGCAGUGCGGGCCCGAGCGGGGCCCGAGCGGGGCCCGGGCCCCCUGAGCCAUUCCUGAAGGCAUGGGUUGGCCAGGACAGUGGUGACCCCCCAAUCCGGCAUGGACGACUGGAAGCCCAGCCCCCUCAUCAAGCCCUUUGGGGCUCGGAAAAAGCGGAGCUGGUAUCUUACCUGGAAGUAUAAACUGACCAACCAGCGGGCCCUGCGGAGAUUCUGUCAGACAGGAGCUGUGCUUUUCCUACUGGUGACCGUCAUUGUCAACAUCAAGUUGAUCCUGGACACGCGGAGAGCAAUCAGCGAGGCCAAUGAAGACCCGGAGCCAGAAAAAGACUAUGAUGAGGCCUUGGGCCGACUGGAGUCCCCACGGCGCAGAGGCAGUGGUCCCCGACGGGUGCUGGAUGUGGAGGUAUACUCAAGCCGCAGCAAAGUGUACGUAGCAGUGGACGGCACUACGGUGCUGGAGGAUGAGGCCCGGGAGCAGGGCCGGGGCAUCCAUGUCAUCGUCCUCAACCAGGCCACGGGCCAUGUGAUGGCAAAGCGGGUGUUUGACACGUACUCGCCUCAUGAGGAUGAGGCCAUGGUGCUGUUCCUCAACAUGGUGGCACCUGGCCGAGUGCUCAUCUGCACCGUCAAGGAUGAGGGCUCCUUCCACCUCAAGGACACAGCCAAGGCUCUGCUGAGGAGCCUAGGCAGCCAGGCCGGCCCUGCCCUGGGCUGGAGGGACACCUGGGCCUUCGUGGGACGAAAAGGAGGUGCCAGGACCGUAGGCCAUCCGCCCUGUAGUCCUGUCCUCGGGGAGAAACAUUCUAAGUCACCUGCCCUCUCCUCCUGGGGGGAUCCAGUCCUACUGAAGACAGAUGUGCCGCUGAGCUCAGCUGAAGAAGCAGAGUGCCACUGGGCAGACACAGAGCUGAACCGUCGCCGCCACCGCUUCUGCAGCAAAGUCGAGGGCUAUGGGAGUGUGUGCAGCUGCAAGGACCCCACACCCAUCGAGUUCAGCCCUGACCCACUCCCAGACAACAAGGUCUUCAAUGUGCCUGUGGCUGUCAUUGCGGGGAACCGGCCCAAUUACCUGUACCGGAUGCUGCGCUCUCUACUCUCAGCCCAGGGGGUGUCUCCCCAGAUGAUAACAGUUUUCAUCGACGGCUACUAUGAGGAGCCGAUGGAUGUGGUGGCGCUGUUUGGUCUGAGGGGCAUCCAGCACACUCCCAUCAGCAUCAAGAACGCCCGUGUGUCUCAGCACUACAAGGCCAGCCUCACUGCCACUUUCAACCUGUUUCCGGAAGCCAAGUUUGCUGUGGUUCUGGAGGAGGACCUGGACAUCGCUGUGGAUUUUUUCAGUUUCCUGAGCCAAUCCAUCCACCUGCUGGAGGAGGACGACAGCCUGUACUGUAUCUCUGCCUGGAAUGACCAGGGGUACGAACACACAGCUGAGGACCCAGCACUGCUGUACCGCGUGGAGACCAUGCCUGGGCUGGGAUGGGUGCUCAGGAAGUCCUUGUACAAGGAGGAGCUUGAGCCCAAGUGGCCCACACCGGAAAAGCUCUGGGACUGGGAUAUGUGGAUGCGGAUGCCGGAGCAACGCCGAGGCCGAGAGUGCAUCAUCCCUGACAUUUCCCGAUCCUACCACUUUGGCAUCGUUGGCCUCAACAUGAAUGGCUACUUCCAUGAGGCCUACUUCAAGAAGCACAAGUUCAACACGGUUCCAGGUGUCCAGCUGAGGAACGUGGACAGUCUGAAGAAAGAAGCGUAUGAAGUGGAAGUUCACAGGCUGCUCAGUGAAGCUGAGGUUCUGGACCACAGCAAGAACCCUUGUGAAGACUCUUUCCUGCCAGACACGGAGGGCCACACCUAUGUGGCCUUUAUCCGAAUGGAGAAGGAUGAUGACUUCACCACCUGGACCCAGCUUGCCAAGUGCCUCCAUAUCUGGGACCUGGAUGUACGUGGCAACCACCGGGGCCUGUGGAGAUUGUUUCGGAAGAGGAACCACUUUCUGGUGGUGGGGGUCCCAGCCUCCCCCUACUCAAUGAAGAAGCCACCAUCAAUCACCCCAAUUUUCUUGGAGCCACCCCCAAAGGAGGAGGGAGCCCCAGGAGCUGCAGAACAGACAUGAGACCUCCUCCAGGACCCUGCAGGGCUGGGUACUGUGUACCCCCAGGCAGGCUAGCCCUUCACCCAAUCCUGUAGGAUUUUGUAGACACUCUCAGGGGCUGGGGCUGGUUUGUUUUUAACAUGAGACUUAAUUACUAACUCCCAGGGGAGGGUUCCCCUGCUCCAACAUCCCUGUUCCUGAGUUGGAGGUCUAUUUAUUUACUUCCUUGUCGGGAAAGGGCAGGAUAGUGCCUGGGAAUCUUUGGGAUCCCUGGGCAGCUGAUCCUGCCCUUUGUAUACUCCCUCCUCCCAGGCCUGGCUCAGAAUCUAACCUAUUUAUUGACUGUCCUGAGGGCCUUGGAAACCGGCGGAAGCCUGUAGGGCCUUGAUUUUUUUUUUUGGACUGGGGUGCUGCCCUGAGGGUGGGGCAGGCUCUUACUCAGGAAACUGCUGUGCCCAACCCAUGGACAGGCCCAGCAGGGGCCCACCUGCUGAUGCAGACUCACUCAGAGACCCUCAGACACUGAACCAGGCCUCUUUCAGCCUCCUCUUUGUCCAGAUUUCCAAAGCUGGAUGAGGUGGUCAUUGAUUAAAAAAGGAGAAAAGCUC